CACAGCUGUUUCCGUGUUUUCCACAAUAGCCAUUUCGGGCUAACAGUGCUGGCACAGUUCGCUGAGGAAAAGUGUGUUUUGCGUGAACUCCAGCGGCGCUAUUAUGGCCCAAGCCUCCCAAACUAACGCCCCCGACGCGACCAGCUCCCAGAUACAAGUGGAACACGACAGAAAGCGUCGACAAUUUGUUAUAAGGCUAAACGGAUCCCAUGACCGUGCAGUUCUUCUGUACGAAUACGUUGGAAAGAAGACGGUGGACUUGCAACACACGGAAGUUCCUGAUGCCUACAGAGGGAGAGGCAUCGCCAAACACCUGGCCAAGGCAGCCAUGGAUUUCGUGGUGGAAGAGGACCUCAAAGCUCACUUGACCUGCUGGUACAUCCAGAAAUACGUCAAAGAGAAUCCUCAGCCUCAGUACUUCGAACACAUCUAUCAAUGAUGGGACGGAGGAAGAGACUCAGGAACACUGUGCAACAGCAUGCUUUGGAUGAAACACAAUAAAAAGACUUUUCCAGGCAUCGUUUAACCGGAGACGCUGAUCUCGCCACCGAAGACGCCUGUGAGCCGGAAAACCGAGCGGCCGGUUACAGCGUCUCCGUAACACAAACAGGAAGUGAAUCAGCCGGUCACGACAUGUUCCAACAACCAAAGGUGAAGCCUGUUACCUCAGACAGAAACUUCCAGGCGUAUGAACGCAGAUGUGAGUCAAGUCUAAUUUCUGUCCUCUUUUUUUUUUUUUUUGACUUGGUGGUUGUGAGCAGCGCUGCAAGAUGACCGACCCUGAUGUGGAGCAGUGACCUCCGCAUAUUUUUUAACCUCUUUCAUUAUUUUCUUUGUUUUGUUUUUUGCCAAAUUUAGCCCCAUGUGUUGAGCUAGGAAAGUUAUUUUCUAGAUAACUGCAAAGAGAUGUAGGCAUUUUGAACUCAUUUCAGCCUAAAUUUGGUUUGAAUUUCUCUCCAUUUUCUUCAUCAUUCCCAAUAACUGUAAAUUAAUCCAUUAAUGUGUCAAAGGUGCAGGGAUUUGUAAAAGCGGUUUAAUAAAUUAGGUGUAAAAUCUGUCACUGUUUAGAGCAACAGCGUGGAGCACUGUUAUACAUUCAGGGCAUUUAACGUAACACGGGGUCGGACGGUCCUUUGUUCUCUCGCUCAGGAACAUAACACUGGGUGGCUGAAGCCUAGCUAUUCCUAUCCACGUUUUUCCUCUUCGGCUUCUUUAAAUAAUGUCAAAAUAUAUAUAGAUUUUGUCUCUUCAGAGGAGUGAAUUCUUCUUCAAAAAGGCUAACAACCAUAAUAAGACUAAGUGGUGUCAUAACGUUGGUUAGCUCCAAAAACAGAGCUAAAACAAAGGCAACAGGGCUGGUUUCUUGAAGACGGAUCUUCUUCAGUUUUCUUCAGACUUUUGGCGCGAACUGAAGAAGCUACUUCAGUGAAAUGUCUCCAGUAAACCAGAAAAGUCCAGUUGACUUUGUUUUAGCUUGUUUUCUUUGGAUCUAACGUGACCUGGAAGACCAAGAACCUUCACAGACAUGCAGGUGGUUAUUAAGACGACCCAGGUUCUAUGAGUGUGGCCAUCAGGGGAUCCGAGAGAGAGAUGACAAAUACAGAAACGACGAAGCUAAAGCAGGAAAGUAAAGAAUUUCCAUGUGUUUUGGGAUUAUAUUUCUAGAUAAAGACCAGUAGAACGUCUAACUAUCGGGGUAAGUUCACGAGAUCUUCUAAAAGCUCUGACGCCAAGUGAUUUGUUUAUUAAUAGUAAUAUACUAUAGUAGGAAGUGAACACUGAAAACCAAGGAUUACCUCACUGACCCCAGUUCCUGCUUCGUGGUUUCAGGAGGUUUCGCAGUUGACAAUCUUACGUGUUGGGGAAAGAUAAAUAAAAAUAAAAACCUCAGGUCACUCAACACCGCAGUGCAGAUGCAGGAAACCCAUUUGUAAAAACACGCCAAGGAAUUCAGAGUAUUCUUUCCUUUUUUUCUGUGUGUGUUUAUACUUGUUUGUUUCAUUGAAAGUUUCUAUGUUACAGUCCUUUUUUUUUUUUAAUGUACUGUAGGUCUCCCAUGCUCCAGAAUGUUUCUUUAAACUUUUUAGUUCAUGCUAUUGAGACUGUGUGACUCUGAAAACUCCAAAAAGAGCUGCUUCUAACCACCCGUUUCUGGAUUAGGGCUAUGGCUUUCUGUUACGUCGUUAAUUGAUUUUUUUAUUAAAUCACGAUUUCAGCUGUGCAGAACAUUAGCGUAGAAGUGACAUGUAUCUACACCAGGCCUCAGAAACACAAAGAUAUGUGCAUGAGAACGGCUUUAUUUGCUGGUUUUGUUUUAUUAAAAUACAUAAAACACGCUUGAGGUGGUGGAAAUAGGAAAACUUUUUCUCAAACUUAUACAUCACACCUAAUUCUUGUUAAUUAGGUUCUAAUUGUUUUUGUUUUUUUCAUAUAAUCAUGGCUCUAGUCUUUGGGCAAAGCUAAUGCUAAUGUUAGCCACUUUAGCAACGUGCUAUCACCAAACGUAAGACGGUUUUUCCAGAAAUAAACUGAAUCCCCUGGGUCUUCGGUUUUUCAGAUGCCAAAAGUGCAAGCUCUGCAGAAGUGGGGGGAGUUAUGCAAACUAUUGGAAAUACAACUUUUAUCUUAACUGUUGGUUUUUCCCACUUUUUGAUGCAUAAAUGUUACAACGUUCCUACCGGCCUGGUGGCACUAAACAACUUCCUACUUCCACAGCUUUUAUUUUUACACAUCUAAACAAGACAAUCAAAAGAGUUUUCACAACAUGGGACCUUUUAAGUUUUGAGCAAGUGGCUCAAAUAAACGGGUCAAACUGUCCUAGUCCUUGUUACAUGGUUUUUGUGCUUGAGGCUUCUUUGUUGUUCUUGUUGUCGAUGACUAAAUAAAUAAAUAAGUAUAAUACUCAUCA